AUGGACCACUCUCUCUACAAAGGUGAGGUGAGCUCCUACUCUCCUGACCUUCCAGAAAAGUGUGACAACAUAGUUCUGCAGCCUUGCAUGGGGAGCACAGAUGAGCCUGCAGCCAUGGAUCUGCCAAAACACAGACCCAUACCCAACAACUACCAUCAGUUCCUGGCCUUGGCGUUUGCUGUUAGAGAGGUCAACAAGGAUCUGGUUCUCCUCCCCAACAUCACCCUUGGCUUCCACAUGUAUGACAAUAGCCAGUGGGAACGGAGGAUUUCUUUAAUCAGCCUCUUUCUGCUCUCCACACAUGACCAAAUGGUUCCAGGUUAUAAAUGUGACCAGCGGGACACUCUGCUCUCUGUAAUUGGAGGUGACAAUGCCAAAUCCUCAAGGCAGAUGACCUCCAUCUUCAGCAUCUUCAAAGUCCCACAGAAGGCGCCCUUUGGCAGGUGUGGCAUGAAGAGGUGCCAGGCAGGAGAGAGGAGAAGAGUUCCAGAGGGCAAGCAGGUUUGCUGCUAUCAAUGUGUCCCUUGUCCAGAAGGGACCAUUUCUAAUCAAACAGAUGCUGCUCACUGUAACCCUUGCCCAGAAGACCAAUAUCCCAACAAGGGGAAGGACCACUGCAUUGCCAAGAACCUCAUCUUCCUUUCCUACCAAGAGACCCUGGGGUACACUUUAGUAUCUCUCACUCUAUUUCACUUUGUGGUCACAAUGGCAGUUCUGACAAUUUUCGUUAUGCAUCGUGACACACCAAUUGUCAAGGCCAACAACCGAGAUCUCACCUACAUCCUCCUGGUCUCCCUCUUGCUCUGCUUCCUCUGCUCCUUCCUCUUCAUUGGUCAACCAGGGAAGCUCACCUGUCUCUUCCGACAAAGUGCCUUUGCCAUUCUCUUUUCCCUUGCAGUUUCCUCUGUGUUGGCAAAAACUGUCAUGGUGGUUCUGGCCUUCAUGGCAACAAAACCAGGGAACAGGACAAGGAAACUUUUAGGAAAACCACUGACCAACUCCAUUGUCUUAGCCUGUCCCCUGAUCCAAACAGUUCUUUGCAUCACCUGGCUGGCAAACUCUCCCCCGUUUCUCAACUUGGACUUCCACUCCUUGAGAGGAGAGAUCAUCUUGGAAUGUAAUGAAGGGUCUGCUUCAAUGUUUUACACUGUCCUUGCCUAUUUGGGUUUUUUGGCUCUCGUCAGUUUCACAGUGGCUUUUCUAGCUAGAAAAUUGCCAGACAGCUUUAAUGAAGCCAAGUUCAUUACUUUUAGUAUGCUGGUUUUCUGCAGUGUUUGGAUCACCUUCCUCCCCACCUACCUGAGCACCAAGGGGAAAUUCAUGGUGGUCGUGGAGAUCUUCUCCAUUUUGGCCUCUGGGGCUGGUCUCUUGGCUUGCAUCUUUUCCCCCAAGUGUUAUAUUAUCCUAUUGAGGCCUGAUCUGAAUCAAAGAGAAAAUAUAAUGAGGCACAAGAAUCUCUGA